AUGAGCUACCUCAAUGUCAAAUUCAUCAAUGUGGCUACGAUUUGGAAAUAUUAUCCCAAAGCAUGGCGCGAUACUGUCACUUUCAAGACAGAAAUGUGUUUGGAGCUGAGAAAGGAAAUCGUCGCUAACGAAAACGUUGAAAUCGCAGUUGAUUCGCGAGUAAAAAUUGCAAUUAGAAUAAAAGAUCGAUGGGACAUCCUGGUAUACGAUAAGAAGGGACGUGAAGUAACCCUGAUUGAGGCUGGCAUCACUGGUCAGGACAGGUUGACAGCAAUCGAGACCGAGAAGAAGCGGAAACAUAUAUCAGAUCGAUCUCAAGAAAACGCUCGAAAGCAUCUCAUUCAAUCAGCGUUGUGGAUUCGACGAGGACGAAGCAGCAGAGAUCAGCACAGCAGAACUGAGCACGGGAUAAAUGUGGAGGUUAGUUUUCGUUUUCUCUUUAUUGAAUCUGCCGCUGGAUCGUAUUCCGGCACUCUGGCAGUACUUGUCUCGCCCUCAGAUUUGUUGUAUUCAUCGUUUUCGCUUCGGCCUGGUGGAAUCCAUAUCGACUGUCGAAGAAAAUGCUUUCGAGCGUCUUCUUGA